AUGGGCAUGCCUAUAAGAAUGGUCCUCCCUUCUUUUGUUGCUCUCAGCAACGACAAGAUGUCAUUUACCACAGCACAUAAAACAGGGGCGAGCCUUACCGGAGAAUUUACUUCUACUUCCAGUAACCACAAUAAUCCAGCAGGCGGCCAUGAAAUUUACGUCUUGCCUGAUAGCCUUCGGAUCUACAGUACUCCCACCAGUAACAGCGUCUUCGACAACAGCCUGGACUUGCCAGUAGCCCAGGAGAAUUUCGCUCCCAAUCAUGUCCUGACCCAUACCCAUUCCUUUCUCGCCGGCUCAAAAGGACUGGGAUAUGUCGCCGACUUCGACAACUUCAACGCUGAUUUUGAAUACAUAUUACCUGCCUAA